UAUUUGCGGUUUGUAUGAAUUUACAAUUCCAAUAUUUUCUUCUGCUGACUGAGUUGAUUAAUGAUAAUCAUAAGUAUGUCAAGUAGCACUCAGCCUGAUUGUUAGACAUGGGCAGUUUAUUUUUGAAAAGUGUAGAACUUUCCUAAGUGGUUCCUAAAGGCAACGUUCCCUAGCAACUACAUACACAUUAGUUUCUCAGCUACUUAGAUUAUUCUGUGGACUUCCUUUGAAAAACACUCUGAAAGAAGGAUUAAACGAGUGGAGAACAACAACGUUAAGUCAACAAAUACACAGGAAAACAACAUAUUUAUAAUGAUGGCGGAUGAAAGUGAUUCUGACGACAAAGAGAUGUGGUUAUAUCUGACACAAAUACAACAUCUGGAUAAGCAGUUGGAGAGAUGUCAGCUUCAGUGUGAUGAGCUGAAGAAACAGAACAAGGACCUGGCCCUUCAGUACAGCAUCCUGGAGAAGGACAAGACGGACAUCACCGAGUACCUGCAGCACUGCGUGGCUGAACAGGAGAAGAAGGUGGAGGAGCUGACCGGGCGGCUGGAGCAUCAGCAGCAGGCUGUCGAACAGGACCGAGAGGCGCUGAAGCUGCAGCACAGCCGGCAGCUGCAGGAGCUGCAGGACCAGAUAGAUGAGCUUUGCUCAGAGAGCAGCAUGCAGGCAGCAAAGUUUGAGGAGCAGCAGGAGCUGGAGGAGCAGCUGGAGCAUCUGAUGCAGCAGCAGCUCAUCAGCGAGCGUCUGCAGAGGCAGGUGACCAGUGAGAAGGAGGAGCAAGAUGCUGUCAUCAACAGCCUGAGGAAAGCGGCAUACUUGGAGAGGCUAAAGGUUGUGGAGGAGAGGAAGAGUACACAGGAGGAUAUCAUUAAGACGAAGGUCUCAAACAUUAUCCAGGAGGAGAGGGCUCAGCACCGAGAGCUUCAGGAGAAGGUUCAGCUCCUUCUGGAAAAGAGCAUGGAUCUGUGGGAGGACAAGGACAAACUGUGCCAACAAGAGAAAGAUCUCAACUCUAAGAUUGACAAAUUGAAGGAUGUCGACACAGUCAUCCAGGAGACACUCACCUACAAGACGGAGGCGAAGACGCUGACGGAGAAGUGUCAGCAGCUGGAGGUGGCGAUCAAGAAGUGUAGCAGCACCCAUCAGAGCAGGCUGGAAGAGAACGAGACUCUCAGACAGCGCCUGGCUUCAGCAUCCGAGGAGUGUCGUCAGAAAACAGCCGAGGUCGAUGAGCUGAGGGCCGAGAUCCAGAGGAGGAGCAGCAGGAGGGAGCAGCUGGAGGGCAUCCUGCAGGAAGCAGCCGUCACUCUUGGCCGCAUGCUGACGAAAGAGGAAACGUCGGAGGCUCAGUGUAAGAUCCUGCAGCAGAUGCUGCACAGCGCCGAGCCGCAGGGACCAGACUCCGCCCCUGAGGAGAGCAGUCCAGGACAGACGCCACAGAGCUCUGACCCCGACCCAGCCAGAGCAGAGACCCUGAACUUGGCCACAGAUCCACUCUUCCUGAUGGCCCGCUACAGACUGGGCGACUUUGGCUACAUACCACCACCCAUGAUGAAACACAAGCCAGCAGCCAGACGGACAGGAGCUCAGCUGCGUCUCAGCAGGAAGCUCUGCAGUCAGAGGACAUCCAGCUGUGAUCCAGACGCCUCCACCUCUGCAGACUGCUGAAGUCCAGUCAACAGGAAGUUCGACACAUGUUUUUCAUCCCACUGCUCCACUUCAAAAUAAACAUUUUAGUCUUGAAGACAACAGUAGACAACAGCAUGGCCGAAACAUGUUGGUGAUUUUAAUGUUCAUCAUGAACUUGACAUUUAAUAAAGGCCUUAAAAAACUU